AUGCAUGACAUCACCGCUGCCCCAGGACGCGGACCAGAGCUGGACCCCCAGCAGACCCCCAGUAGACCCGAGCAGACCCCCAUAGACACCAGCCCAGGUCCAGAGCAGCGCGGCUCAUGUGGUCCGUGUGAAACGCUCCAAACAUGUUUGUGCGCUGCUCCACACGCUGCGCGACACAAACACAGAGAACAACAACAGACGCGCCGCGCGCCCCCCGCGACCCACAGACCCCAAAGCCCCGCUCCAGCCCCAGCAUCAAGUGUAGCAGAGAAACCCCCAGGACCCAGCAACGACACAGACACAGACAGAGAAGCAGAAGAGAGACGCACAGACCUGUUCUCGCGGCGUAAAUCCGCUGCGUGCGGCGGACACACAGAUAAUAAGCUUGUUGUGUUGGACGGGAAAAGACGCCGAGCUAAAUCCCAGCAGCCAUCUCUCCUCUCUCUUGUCGUGAACGCGUCUGCUGGUCGGCGCGCUCCGUGCGUGCGGAGGAGCGUCAAAAGGAUGGUAGGACAGCACAGGGACAGCACAGGGACAGCUUCUUUACGCGGGCCACGUACAAACCCAAGGCUCCAAACAAAGCGCCUCAACCCGCUCAAUCCUCUCCGUUGCCACGGACAACAGAGAAGACUGCUGGAGACCCCGCCCUGUGCACCUCAGCCAAAAGCGCUCAUCCAACGCGUGCACGAGCAGCAGACGCGCCGCGCGCACGCGCACCACGUGAAUGGUCAGACAAACCCGUGA